AUGGCGGGACAGACACGGAGCUCGGCAAAGGUCCAAGCAGCGAUUGCUGUCCUGGCUGUUGUGUGCUUCUGUGAGGUGGUUCCAACAGGGUGGUGUGCCCACCGUGGCAUUGGUCCGGGCACCUCACAUCGAAGAUUGCAGCGUGGUCGCGGACAGCGCUGCACGAGAUUUUCUGAAGGUUCGCCUGGCCGCGUAGUCUUCCUGGGUUCGCCCGACUGCGUGGAGGUGGUGCUGCAGUCUCUCUGGAAUGCCAGCCAAGCCUCAACAGAUUUCGAGGUCUGUGCCGUGGUUUCUCGUCCGCCGAAGCGCGUCAAGAAGGCCAUCGCCAAAACUCCCGUGCAUGAGCUCGCUGAAGAUCUCGGGGUCUCCAACAUCUUGACGCCACCAUCAGCAAGAGAUGAGGCGUUUCUGGAGAAACUAGAAGAGUUGAAGCCUGAUGUCUGCGUGACUGCCGCGUAUGGGGAAUAUUUGCCGCGGCGGUUUCUAGAGGCACCGCGUUUGGGCACCAUCAACCUCCACCCGUCACUGCUGCCACGAUGGCGAGGCGCUUCGCCCGUGCAGCGCUGCCUGGUGGCUGGCGAUACGGAGACGGGAAUCACGAUCCUGUACACUGUGGCGAAAAUGGAUGCUGGGCCCAUCAUCGUCCAGGAGAAAAUGGCCCUCGAUGGCUCUGAGACUUCUCCAGAGCUGCUUGAUACGCUCUUCCGGUGGGGUGGCGACCUCCUGGUGGAGGUGCUGCCAAAAAUCCUCGCUGGCGAGGUCACGAUGGAAACCGCAGCCGUUCAAGAUGAACGCCUUGUGGAAAAGGCCCCGCUCAUCUCGAAAGAUGAGGGCAAACUCUGGCCACACAACGAGACCGCUCUCCAGAUGCGAGACAAGGUGCGGGGCUUCACGGGAUGGCCCGGCACCACGCUUGCGAUCACCUGCUCGGGCUCCAAAGCUCCGCCUCAAGGCGUCCGGGUCAAAGUAGCAGGCGCAGACGUC